AUGUCUUCACAUUCCGAUGCCCCCCUCAAUUUGGAACGCAGGCAGUGUGAAGAGGGUAUCAUUGACAGUGGCACAAGUGCUACGACACACGCACUAUAUGUUGAACGUGAAUCGUCAGGCCUUAAGCAUUUGAAUGUCCCCACCAGCCCUUCAGAUUGUACAGUAUCCUCCAAAGGUGGAGAUUGCCAGGUCUCUGGAGGUGACAAACAUGACAUCCCGUCGAAUAAGAAGCAGAAGCUAGAACAUUCAAGCAAUUUCACUUUCUGUGGGCACUCCGAGAUGGAAAGACUUCUAGCAAAGCUCUCGCCCAAGCCGCAGUCGACUACCCCGAAGUAUCCUGGAGAUCAAGAUUUCGUUGCGACUCUGUCAGACAAGCAGGAUUUGCUUAAAACAUCCAAUCACACGUUUCUCAACCACAGGGUUCUGUCGGGAGACGAAUCAGGGCUCAUUAAGGCGUCAAGUAUUCAGCGACCUAGGGACGUCUCACAUUCGGUCGAUGUUGGCAAAGCAGACACCGUAUCGGUUGAUAUGUGCGAGGUACUACGUUUAAAGCAAGAAUUGCUUGUCGCUAAUUCUAAAAUCGCCCUCCAGGAGCAGGAACUGGCCCAGACACGCGUGAUUAAACAUACCUUAGACCAGGCACUUGGGCCACCCUCUGAAACCGAUUUUAAUGGAGACAUCACGGAACAAACGAUAAGUAAUCUCCAGAGCGCCCUUAAUUCAUCCAACCCGGCAUAUGGCCAAUUUCAAGAUGGAUGGAAUGCUCAGGACGAUUCACAAUCGGAUAUGUCUGAUGCACUUUCCGCAGGAGCUUACAAUAGAUCUCGCGGAUACUGGAAUACUCCCACGCAGCAAGUGUGUAGUACGGCUCUUAGUGCCCCCAUUAUCGAAAGAUCAUAUGGCGAGCCUAUAUCUUUGCCAAGUGCUGGCUCACUCGGUGGAGAUUCGAACCGAUUUUGGGGUAACUCGGGCACGAAUACCAGUGUACCUGGACACGAUGCUUUACGAUCCCAUCGUGUGUUUUCAGGGCCCUCCGGUGGGGGUUACACCCUCGACACUAAACUCCCAGAAGAACAGGUGAGAUUUCUCGAAGGACCCGGCCUCGGGCCUCGCCGUUCGAUCACUCAAGCCAGCCGCAAUGGACCUUAUUUUCAGCCACAAAGCUCGGCUUGGAGUGCAUUUACCCCUGGCGCUUCGGACUCACAUGGACCUAGGUCUCCUGUGAAUAGAUCCACUAACACCUACCAACAUGUUGGUCUGUUUCCCAUCCCUCAAUACCAUCAGCGGCCGGUUGGAACACCACUUUCACCCACGGCGACCGAGUUCACAGCUUCCAACCCUAGUGCAACGCAAUGGCCAACUUCUGUGGCGGGAGGAAACACCAAUCAAACAUACAUCUCACCCCUCGAGCCAAUCAACUACCGACGGCUCCUCGACAGGAAUGUCUCUUGUGAUUGGAAAUAUAUCGUUGACAAGAUUGUUUGCAACAAUGAUCAACAAGCGUCAAUAUUUCUGCAGCAGAAGCUGAAGGUAGGGACCACAGAGCAGAAAUAUGAUAUCAUAGAGGCCAUAGUACACCAAGCCUAUCCCCUGAUGGUCAAUCGGUUUGGCAACUUUCUAGUGCAACGAUGCUUCGAACACGGGACUCCAGAGCAAGUCGUGUCAAUUGCUAAUGCGAUCAAGGGAAACACAUUAAGUCUCAGCAUGGAUCCCUUCGGCUGUCAUGUCAUACAGAAAGCGUUUGAUUGUGUUCCCGAAGAACAUAAGGCAGUCAUGGUCCACGAGCUUCUACGCAGAAUUCCAGAAACUGUCAUCCACCGGUAUGCUUGCCAUGUCUGGCAGAAACUCUUCGAAUUACGUUGGAGUGGGGAGCCGCCCCAGAUAAUGACCAAAGUCAACGAAUCACUGCGAGGGAUGUGGCAUGAAGUCGCCUUGGGUGAGACAGGGAGCUUGGUAGUCCAGAAUAUCUUCGAAAACUGCGUCGAGGAUGAGAAGCGUCCAGCGAUCGAAGAAGUGCUAGCAAAAAUUGAUGUGCUUGCACACGGUCAAUUCGGAAAUUGGUGUAUCCAGCAUAUCUGUGAGCAUGGUGCUCCUCAGGAUAAGAGUCGUGCAAUAGAGCACAUUAUCCUUUGGUCUGUGGAUUAUAGCAUGGACCAGUUCGCCUCCAAGAUUGUAGAGAAAUGUUUGAAGAUAGGGGGUACCGAGUUUUUGGACCGCUACCUUGCUCGAGUUUGCACUGGCCGAACUGACCGUCCUAGAAUGCCUCUGAUUGACAUUGCUGGGGACCAGUAUGGAAACUACCUAAUUCAAUGGAUCUUGAUGAAUGCUGCACCACAUCAGCGUGAGCUGGUUGCCAGCCAUAUUCGGAAACACAUGGUAUCUCUCCGGGGAUCCAAGUUUGGUUCACGUGUAGCUAUGCUCUGCUGCAAUCCCUCCCAUACAACUCGCCCAGGACCAGGUUCUGGGAUGCCAAUCAAUCGCUAUGGUAAUUUCAAUGAGGACAGGUUCCCGAUUGCUGGACAGCACGGAGGCCGUUUCAGCCGAGGGAACCAGUGGAGUCCUAAUUAUCCACCAUUUCGUUGAAAGUUUCGAGGGAGUACCUUUGCACUUCGUCUUCUAGCCAUAUGCUUCGUAUUCACAAAAGGUAUCGUUUUCAAGUCGACCCAAGUAGGCAUCGAGCAUCCCAUAUACCGGAAGCCGGAAUCUCGAAGCGUGUUUCGACAACAUGAGGUUGUCUAGCAUAUUUCUUCAUACGCGCUAUUCUAGUCAUUGUGCAGGAGCUAAACGGCUUAUGCCCCCCAAGACGCCUCCCCUCCUUAUACACCGGAUUGAAAGAAAGAAGAAAAAUGGAGACGAAAUAUGAAGGGAAAAUUCGAGCAAGCGAGUAGCAUCAAAAUGGACUCAGAAACUAUAACU